UUAUAUCGUAAUUAUUUCAUUACAUUUAUUCGGAAUAAAAAAGAAAUAAAAACGACAGGAAUUAUUUUAAAAACAAUAUUCCAAUACGCAGUCAUACGAAUCAGUCGAUGAUUUAUUUUAUAUGCACGUCCUUACGUUAAUUAUAUAAUUAACAUUAAUUAAUUAAUAACUUUACAAAAGUUAUACUUGCUAGAUCCAUGCAUUCUUAAUUCUCGUCAAAUGUCGAAGGUAUCGAGGCGAAUUUCGUUAACUAUUGAUUGACGUAGUGAUCUCAGUAUCAGGAAGAUCGCGUAACGGGACUAACAAACAGGUUACUGACCAACCGGCCUCGGACCAAAGAGAAUCGUAAAAAGCGAAAUGACCAUUUCGAGUGGAACCCAUACAAACUUGGAAGCAAACGUGUGGAAAUGUGUGGGAUGUUCUGUUUAUGCUUUUCUUGCUUGGGAUGCGGGUGACGAUAUAGAGAGAGUCCCGCUACAUGGCGCAAACCAGUUUCGUUUCAGAGAGACCAGUAUCGCCUUGACUGCCGAGAGAAAAGUCAUGAAGUUGCAGGACUAUGCCAAGUAUCUCCUUUGCCUCUUCGUGGUGAAUCUCAGUGCGAUUCAUUGCGAAGGACAUGUCAUCAGUUCUUCCAUCGAUGAUCAGAUUGAACUGAGACAAGAACGGGGAGUCCUAGAUCUGCUCUUCGGACGGUUCCGUACUUGCGGUGCCUGCUUGUGCGGUCGACCGAACCGUAAAGCAGCGCGAUUAUUGGGUGGCGAAAACACGGAAUCACACGAAUUUCCCUGGCUCGCAAACAUUCAUGUAAAAUCCAAGCUGAUAAGCGGAGUGCUGAUAAACGAUCGUUAUGUCAUGACAGCGGCUAGCCAGCUCAUUGGAACAACGGCACCCGAUAUUAAGGUAUCAUUGGGAGAAUAUGAUCGAUGCACGUUGGACAUUUCGUCGGCGAACUUCAGCGUGGAGUCCGUGAUACUACAUCCGGAGUUCAAUCCGGAAGCGGGCACUCACGAUCUAGCUCUGAUUCGUCUGAGCCGACCGACCAAAUUCGAGAAGCGGAUAUCGCCAAUAUGUCUGCCUAAUCCAGGAUCGACUUAUCUCGGCCAGGUCGGAACGUUGGUGGGUUGGACCGCGAGCAAGCCCGAAGAUAAAGCUGACACUCGCACGUGCAAGCCACGAAAAUUGGGACUUCCUAUUCUGGGGUAUAAUGAAUGCGUCAAGUCGGGAAUAGAUCCGAUGAAUUUCAACGAUGAUUACGGAUGCAUAGGGAUAGUAGGCACAAAUUCUCUCGUGUGCGAGAAUGACGUUGGAUCUUCGUUGCAAUAUCGAUCGUAUGCUGGAAUUUACGACCUCGUUGGUAUCAUUCCGGGUGUGAACAAAUGCGACAAUGUUCCCAGGUCAACCGUCUUUACAAGAGUGGGCCCGCGUCUCGAUUGGAUAUUGCAGCACACAAAGGAUGGAUGUUACUGCACAAAAUGAUAACAAUCAAAUUUCUAAUACCGCUAUUUAUCAUUAUUAAUAUUUUAUUAUUAUUAUUUUAUUAUUAUAUAUUCAUUUAUAAAAUAAGCUAAGAGCAACGUAAAACAAUGUUGAAUGCCAAAGUGUACCAAACGAUAUAUUAUUUGCUUAAAAUUGAAAUGUACGAAAAGAUAUGCUUUAUAUUAAUAUUGUGAGAGUGUCGUGCAUAAUAUUUAAAAUAAAAUUAUUUUUGUUGCAUCAC